ACUUUCAAGUGUCAUCAAGAUAAUAACUUUGUCCUUUCUCCUUGCAGCUCUUAACUUGAAUCAUUUUCCGGAAAGUUUUUAAAUUGUCAGUCUGAGCAGGCGGAUGAACAAAUGAACACUCCGCCUCUUUACGUUGAGACCACUGUUACUGCAGCACAGUUCAGUUACAAACAUUGCAGUGGUGCAGUCGUACUGUACGCACGAUGAUGAACUUUACCUUGGUAACAGCUUUACUCUGUACCUUCAGUUGGAUCUCUGUCUCAGUUUCUGAGUUUCACACUGUGGAGGUUCAGCCUGGUGAAGAAGUCACAAUGAUUUGUUCCAACUUUAGCAGCACGCCCUCUCACAUACUCUGGUUCAGACUGGACAACAGACUCAAUGCCAGCUGCAUCUCCACUAUGAUGAGCUCUGAUGCCAAUGCUUCGUUUUGUGAUGGAUUUCAAAAUAGCAAAUUUAAUAUGACGUCCAACAUCACCACCCUCUUUCUUGAGAUCAAACAAGUGGAUUUAUCUGACUCUGGACUGUAUUUCUGUGGAUUUAUCUCAAAUGGAAACUCAGUAAUUGUCAGUGCAACUUAUUUAAAGGUUCAAGAAGCAUUUGAUGGAGGAACAAAGCUCACAAGUGUGAUCUUUGGUGCCCUGAUUAUUUUCCUCAUUAUGGUCGUCAUCAGUCUGGUUGUCCAAAUCAGGAAACUUCAUACAACUCAGAAAGAGGCACAGAAUCUACAACCCAGUGAGUUACAGAAUGUGGGCUCUGAUGCCCUGACCUAUGCAGCACUGAGUUUCCGCCCGAAAGUAAAAAUAAGCAGAAGGCCUGCAUCAGAGAACCAGCUGGAGCCAAAUGUUGUGUAUGCUGCCACCAGAUAGACUCAAGAAACAUCUGGAACAGCAGCUCAGAGUGGAACUGAUGAUUUAUCAAACUUCUUCUAAGGAGGACUUAUAUAUAUAUAUAUAUAUUGUGCUGUAUCUGCUACAAUUUGAAUUCUACUUUCCAGCCAAAGUUUCCUUUUCACAUGUUUUGUUUCUUUACCGGAGGAGGAGCCAGUAAUUAAUGACAGACAUUAAUGAUCGUUAACGUGUCCUUUAGCAAGACUUAGAGGGAAGUCUGCAGCAGUGGAGGAGUGAGUGAGGUACAUAUAACUGGUUUGACAGGACAAGACAUUAUGGUGUGAACGCAACAGAGCUGAAAAUCAUGAGGCCCGUUAGAUCAAAGCUCUGUGAGAAUAAAGUCUGAAAUUAAUUAAAUACUGUCUGACUUUUUUCUGUCAGUAUGACAAAAUAAUCAGUGUCUGUUCAUUUGUCAAAAAGCCUUGGGAACGGAUUGACCCGGUACAGGGUGCGCAAUCAAUUUUUGUUUUCCGUCCAAAAACAUCGGGCCGACAUCUUGUUUAGAUCGGCUGCAGUCUUAAGUUUCGUUUGUGUCAUCAGAUUGAAGUGGAGAAGAAGAGUGUGAUUUGGCGGAGGCGAUCUUUAUCGACCUCUUUUGGCGACCCGUAGGAGCUACACAGACAUCCAGGAUAAGACCACCAGCCCUGUAGGAUGUGGCCUGUAAAAAGCAUGGGAGUGCUUUUGGUCAGAUAUUGGUCUGUUUUUAUCGAUAUUUCAAUGUUUUGGAAGCUUUAUGUUAUUUGGAACGUGGUUGUAAGGAGAGAAAUAGUGUUUUAAAGAUAACUACCAAUAAAAGUGAACAUAUAAACAGUAAA